UGCUGAAAUGGACGAGUUAUUUUCAAAUGAUGACAAGUCCACGAUGCCUCCUUCGGCAGAUACUUUCGGACCCCUGAGUUCCACGGAUCCGUUUCCUCACUCAGUUCUCUCCAAUACAUCUGCCAUGUUGCAAACACCCUCCCAAAUACAAACCCCUGCUUCCCACCAGCCCUCUACCCAUGAAGAGCUGAAGCCUCAUUUAUCGACAGUGCAACCUCCGUCGGUAUCUGGAGUUGCAAGUACACAUCUUUCUCAAAUGGCGCCGCCAAGUGUAAUGCCGAUCACUCCUAGAAGCAUCCCAUCAGUUGGAAGCGUCGGCACAGACUCAAUCACACCCAUUCUUCAGAACAUAGUAGCUACUGUGAAUCUAUGUUGCAAGUUGGAUUUGAGGAAAAUAGCACAGGGAGCCAGAAACGCCGAGUACAACCCAAAAAGGUUCGCAGCUGUGAUCAUGCGCAUCCGAGAGCCGAGAACAACAGCUCUUGUGUUCUCCUCGGGAAAGUUGGUUAUAACCGGCGCCAGGAGUGAAGAUGGCGCCAAGCUGGCUGCACGGAAAUACGCCAGAGUUAUCCAAAAACUGUCAUUCCCGGCAAAGUUUGCCGAGUUUAAAAUCCAAAACAUGGUCGGCUCCUGUGACGUCAAAUUUCCUAUAAGAUUAGAAGGACUAAUGCUAAUGCAUGGUCAGUUUUGCAGUUACGAACCAGAAUUAUUCCCGGGACUAAUAUACAGAAUGGUUAAGCCCAGAAUUGUGCUGCUAAUUUUUGUGUCGGGAAAAGUUGUCAUUACGGGCGCUAAAACGAGAGAAGAAAUCUACCAAGGAUUCAAUAAUAUUUAUCCAAUUUUAAAAUCAUUCAAAAAGAAAUGAUUUGGGGCAAAAACUGGUCAGAAUAUUUUGUUGAAACUUCUUUGAGCUUUAUUUAUGAAUGACCCGAGUUUAUUCCUUAAAUUCUAAUUUUAAUCAGUUUAUUUUAUUAUUUUACAGUACUUGGGAUGCGGAAUUGAGUCAUGGAAGCAAAUGUUUUAACUGACUUGCCAGCUAAAUGAGAUGCCAUGAAUGUGAUUCUAAGCGGGACGAUAGUGUAGUGGUUGAGAUCUCCGUCUAUCAGUUGAAAUGCCGGUAGUUUCAGACUUAUUACGAUCCGAGUACCCAAGCCACAAAAUUCCAAAAAUAGCAUGUACGUCUUUAUCAUGUGUACAUCAGCGUUUCUUCGUAA